AAUCUACAAAAUCUAGGGUAUAAAAAGCCCCAAAUCGUCUCCGCCCAAACGAAAAAUAAUUUUCCCCUUUCACCAUAAUUUAAAGUUGAGCUCCUUAAAAAUUCUUCAAAGCUCCAACAUUUCCAGACAUCCACAAUCGCUUUGGCUCCAAAGUUCAUCGGGUGAAUAAUGACGACGUUUGAGCUUUACCAGAGGUCAACGAUCGGGAUAUGUUUGACAAAGACUUUAGAUGAGAUGGUUUCAAGCAUUACUCUGAGCCCCGAGCUCACUAUUCAGGUUCUCAUCCAGUUCGAUAAGUCUAUGACUGAAGCCCAUGAAAUUCAAGUGAAAAGAAAGGUUUCUAUUAAGGAACAUCUACACACCUAUAGAUUCUGUGACAAUGUUUGGACCUUCAUCUUACAGGAUGCUUUGUUUAAGAACGAGGACUCUCAGGAAAAUGUUGGUCGAGUCAAAAUAGUAUCAUGCGACUCAAAGCUGCUCUCACAAUGAAAUGUCAAAUCAGUGUGGGGUUUGAUGAUGGU